AUGGCAGAAAAAGUUAAGAAGAAACCGUCGUUUUUUAGUCUAAAACGUUUCAAUAGUCAAAAAAGUAUUGAUGAACCGGUAACACCAACACAACCAAGUCCACCAGUUUUCAAACCAGCGCCUGGAAGAAUGAGUAAUACAGACACGAAACCGAGGAAGGAGUCUGCUGCUGGGAUAAGAGAACUAGUGCAAUGUUCUCUGUGCUUGGAAAUGUUGAGUAAUCCAAAAAUGUUACCCUGUCAACACACCUUCUGUUGUGCGUGUCUCAAAGUUUAUGUCGCAGAUCAACCAGUGAUAACUUGUCCCAUAUGCUGCACGCGGAUACAAGUACUCAAACAAAACUUCGUAGAGGAACUGCCGUCUAAUCUCUACAUUGACACAUUAUUAACUAUGUUCGGUGUCGAAAAGAAAUCUGAUAUGAAUACUCCACCGAUGACUCCAUAUAAUCUACAAAGUGUCGAUCUAUUUGCUGGUGGAGUUAGAUGCUCUCAUUGUCGGACUAUGUGUGAUAAUUCUGAUGUUUCGGCUUGUCAACAUUGUAAAUUGAACUUUUGCAACGUAUGCUGGUCACAACACUUGAAGGACAUGAGAUCACAAAUUAGUUCAAUUUUGAAGGAACUAGACGCUGCAUCCAGUAGACUUGAACACAAAGUAGAACAUUAUAAGGAUCGCUGUGAACGAAUCGUUGAACAAAUUAACAUAGCGGCUGAGGAAAAAAUUAACACAAUUUUGGAAAGCAAAGAAAAUUUACUAAUCGAAGCAAAUAGAUUACAAAAAUCUGGUGAUCUUUCCGCAUUAGCUCUAAAAUCGUCUCUUGAAGAGGCUAGAGAUGCAUCUAUUCAGACAAUGACAAGCCAAGAGGACAAUGACGGCGAAAUGAUCAAUAAAUUUAUAAACCUACAUCAAAACACAAUACAAUUGUUAUCCGAAGUAUCGAAAUGGGAUGCUGAAAAAUUUGUAUUUGACAAAGAGAACUUUAGCAUAGAAUCGGAUUCUUCGGUGCCUUGCGAUGCUGAAUCAGAUGAUCCUUUGCCCGAAACCGUUAAACAAAAUAAUCCUAUGGAAAAUGAGGCCAGCCUUAUUUUACACUACAGAUCCAGGAAUUUCAUUCCCCAUUACUCAUGGCGUAAGACCUCCCGACCUUGCGGCGUUGGCGUCAGUCCAUGGAACAACCACCUCUACAUAUGUGGUAUGGACAGUCACAGUGUUCUCGUGGUGGAAAGGACUCAGGCCAAGAUAGUUUCCAGAUUAUCAUGUGAAGGCAUGCUGUGUCCAGUACACAUCGCCUUUAUGAAAUCUUUAGGAGAAAUUUACGUUACAGAUAAAUGGAAACACUGCAUCCACGUUUUCUCCAAGGACGGCGAUUACUUAAGAUCGUUGGGACAGAAGGGCAGUCGUGUGGGCAUGUUGAGAUCGCCUGAAGGCAUUGCCACUGAUAAUAUGAGUAAUCAGAUAUAUGUCGUGGAUACUGGCAACGAUAGAGUCCAGGUAUUAGAUUCAGAAGGUAAAUUCGUCGAUCAAUAUGGUGUGGCCUCGAGAGCGCAAAGUAGCAACACUUCCAGUGUUUGGGCACAAAAAGAAACAUUGUGUACGGAAUUCAACGCACCUACAGCUGUGGCCGUAACUAAGGAUAGAGUGAUUGUAUUGGACAGUGGGAACCGAAGGGUAAAGAUAUAUAACAAACAGGAUAAGAACAAAAUCAUGGAGUUCGGGUCUUUAGGGCAGAGGAAGGGACAAUUUAGACAGCCAGAGGUAUUGACCGUCGAUCCCCUGGGUUUCAUACUAGUUGGUGAUUCAGGCAACUGUAGAGUGCAAAUCUUCAAACCGAAUGGACAAUUGGUCAGGGUUUUUGGAGGUUUAGGAGCUGAUCCCGGAAAAUUUGGAUGGAUAUCAGGAAUAUACGUCACCAAACAACUUGACAUCAUAGUCAGUGACACCAAAAACCACAACGUCAACUUCUUCUAA